UGAAAGGGUUAAUAGGGCUGGGUAAGGCGAUCCCGUGAAAUGAGUAAGGCUCGGAGUUGUUCAAGUUUCAAAGCAGUAGCAGCGUGGCUCUGGGGGAAAAGGAAGCACGUUGGACGGAGCCUGACGGAUCUUGCUGAGCUGAAUUCAGCUGGGGUUACAAGCUCAAGGCAGGAAUUUGGGGGCUCUCAAGAGACUGGCUCUGCCCUCUUGGCUCAGCUGACUCUACAAUGUGGACUCUGCCCCUCCGGGUCAGGACUGGAGUUUUAAAAUAAGAUGGAUGAUUUGACGUUACUUGAUCUUCUGGAGUGCCCCGUGUGCUUGGAGAAGCUCGAUGUCACAGCCAAAGUCCUCCCUUGCCAGCACACCUUCUGCAAACCAUGUCUGCAGAGGAUUUCCAAGGCCCACAAGGAGCUGAGGUGCCCCGAAUGCAGGACCCUGGUGUUUUGCAGCAUCGAGGCGCUGCCGGCCAACCUGCUGCUCGUGCGCCUUCUGGACGGCGUGCGCUCGGGGCAGAGCUCCGGGAGAGGGGGCUCCUUCCGCAGGCCCGGCGUGCUGGCCUUGCAGGACGGCAGGAAAAGCAGGACUCACCCCAGAGGUCUGCAGUCCAGCCCUUUCCGGCUCGUGCCUAACAUCAGGAUCCACAUGGAUGGGGUGCCUCGAGCAAAGGCCUUAUGCAACUACCGAGGGCAGAAUCCUGGCGACCUGAGGUUUAACAAGGGAGAUGUCAUCCUCCUCCGGAGACAGCUGGACGAGAACUGGUACCAGGGGGAGAUCAAUGGAAUCAGUGGAUUCUUCCCAGCCAGCUCUGUGGAAAUCAUCAAGCAGCUGCCCCAGCCACCCCCACUUUGCCGGGCCCUCUACAACUUCGACCUGCGAAGUAAGGACAAGACUGACAACCAGGACUGCCUGACCUUCCUCAAGGAUGAUAUCAUCACUGUGAUCAGCCGAGUGGAUGAGAACUGGGCAGAAGGAAAGUUAGGAGACAAAAUAGGCAUCUUCCCAAUCUUGUUUGUGGAGCCAAACCUCACCGCAAGACACCUGCUAGAGAAGAACAAAGGCCGUCAGCCAACCCGCACAAAAAGCCUGUCCCUGGUGUCCUCAUCCCCCAGAGGCAAAGCCGCCAACACACCCACCCUCCGAAGGGGCCCUGGGUCCAGGAGGAAGGGCCCUGGGCAGUUCUCCAUCACGACAGCCUUGAAUACUCUCAAUAGGAUGGUCCAUUCUCCCUCGGGGCGCCAUAUGGUGGAGAUCAGCACCCCGGUGCUUAUCAGCUCUAGCAACCCCUCUGUGAUCGGCCAGCACGCGGAGAAAGCAGAUGUUCUUCCCAGCUCUGUGGGACAGGUCAGCAUGUAUCACGCCACACCUGCCUCCCCAGGACAUUCCACGGCCAUCGUCAGUCUGCCCGGCUCCCACUCAGCUAACAUGUUUGUGGCCCUGCACUCCUACUCAGCCCACGGACCCGAUGAGCUGGACCUGCAGAAGGGGGAAGGCAUCAGGGUCCUGGGGAAGUACCAGGACGGCUGGCUCAAGGGCAUCUCCUUGGUCACCGGGAGAGUUGGCAUCUUCCCCAACAACUACGUCAUCCCCAUUUUCAGAAAGACAUCUAGUUUUCUAGAUUCCCGGAGCCCUGGUCUCUACGCCACAUGGACGUUAUCGACCGCUUCUGUGUCCUCCCAAGGCAGCAUUUCAGAAGGUGAUCCCCGACAAAGCCGCCCCUUCAAGUCUGUCUUUGUACCCACGGCCAUCGUCAACCCCGUGAGGAGCACAGCCAGCCUGGGGACCUCAGGACAGAACUCUCUUCGGAAAGGACGGGGCAGCAUGAGAAAGAAUGGAUCGCUGCAGAGACCCGUGCAGUCGGGCAUCCCCACCCUGGUGGUGGGCUCCCUCAGACGCAGCCCCACCAUGGUCGUUCGGCCUCAGCAGUUCCAGUUCCACCAGCCACAGGUGGCCCCCAACUCACCCCUGACGGUGGUGGCGGAGAUGGGCCCCAAGCCGACGCCCACGGGGGAGCCUGCCCUCACGUGCCUCAGCAGGGGCAGCGACACCAGGAUCCACUCGGCUGCCAGCUCCAUCAUCAUGGAAGGCAAGGAAAUCCCCAUCAAGAGUGAGCCUCCACCCAAGCCGCCUGCAUCUGCCCCCCCAUCGAUCCUGGUGAAACCAGAAAACUCCAGAAAUGGCAGCGAAAAGCAAGUCAAGACCGUGAGAUUUCAGAAUUAUAGCCCUCCUCCCACCAAACACACCACCUCUGGAAAGCCUGAACAGCCAGCCACCCCUAAGGGAUCCCACCCUGAAGCUGCCCCCUUGGGCCCAGAGAUGACCACCCUCUUCGCCCACCGAAGCGGCUGCCAUUCCGGACAGCAGACCGACCCCCGGAGGAAGCCAACUUUCGGCAAGACCGUGACCCCAAUGUCCACUGCCUCAGCCACACAGAGCGUGUUUCCCAGCAAAUGAAUCAACAGGUGGCUUUUCCUAGACCCCAAAGAGGCCCGGCCUUGGUAAUCUUCCCCGGAGGACCAGCAACAGCUGGGAUACUGACACGAACAAACGAUCUGAUUGGACGGAAACUGCUCAAUGGAGAGUCUGUGGACCGUGUGAUAUUGCUCGGACAUCGGGGAUGGUACAGGAAUACCAAUAGGCUGGCCUCCAAGACAGAAGGGUAAUAGGAGACAGAACACGGCUGUCUUCACCCACAGUAUCAAGGGGUGGGGGGCCGCGUCCCGUGCUGUGUCAGGUUGCACCAGACGCCCCUCCCUCCUGUUCCUUCGUUCUCUCGUCAAAGCCAAACACGGUCUUGACGAUUUCUCACACCUCCGCACCUGACAAGUGAAACCCUGGCCAUCAGAUGCCUCUCACUCUGACUGCCUGUCUCUCCAGCUCAGAUUCAAAGCAGUGCAGGGCAGAACGUAUGUUCUUCUCUUGGGUGUUCAGGCCAGAGAGGCCAACGCUUCUUCACAGUGUCCCUGUCCUUCACCCUCCCCAACGCCGACCGAGCAUCCUGCAUCCCUCUGCCCCCUCCCCAUUCCUCCCCACGCCCAUUCCUGUCUGUCUUCCCCCGACACCUACCGCUCCAGAGGGUUUCUGCUGGGAUCUCCUGACCAAGGACACGAGGACUUGGCACCUAAAGAAUCUCAGACAAGAAAAAUGUAUGUGUUAUAAGAGAGGUGCCACCGACAGAAAUGCUUAAAGAGGUGAUUUCAAGUCUGAAGAUAUAAAAAUGAAUUUUUAAAGCACAAGUCAUUAGAAGAUAGUCUACCCCUGGUUUUGGGGGUUUUUUUUUAAUUGUUAUUUUAAAUGAUCUGUGCUAACACAAAUACAUGCAACCCACAAUUACCCCGAGACCCCUUGAGCCAUACAUUUUCAUCCUCCCCCUGAACUUAACACAUCGAUAAGAAUUUCCAUUUUUAAAGCACAUGCCGCCUGAUUACCAAAGAUGAUGGUGAGAGGGCAGCAGCAUUGGGUAACGUCGGUUGUUUGCAAGGUCAGGGUCAUAAUUUGGCCCUGAAGCGUGCUCUGCCUCCCAUCCAGCCUGCCUGUAGGCAGCAGCACACAUCAGCCAGGCUGUGGGCAGAGCAAGCCCUGUAUUUUGUGGUUACAGAAAUGCCUCCUUCUGUGUGAAGCUGGCACCCAUCUCUUCAUGGGAUGAGUAACUCCCCGUUCUUAACCACACCCUUCUCUUGGUUUACCUUAAGGGCAACAAGAAGCCCCAAAGUAUUGGCUUUAUCUGCCAAGUGGUGAACAAGAAAUCGGGCGGUAUGAUGAGACCACAGACAGGAUGAUCCAGGGAUGACACCUUCUCACACGUGGUCAGUGAUGGUGCUGCCGGUUGUCAGUCAUCCCCUUUCUCUGAACUACCAGGGUGAAAAUGUUGGUUCCGCUUCCUCUGGGGUGGGUUCAGGUCUGCUUGGCUCCUCGUUGGCCUCAGUCGCGAUGAGUGCAGACACGCUGCCUUCGGAUUCUGGAAUCUACUCACCCCCACAAGGCCUGGCAGCCCACCUAUAAACAGGUUUCCAUGACUUCAGUUUCCAGGGUAAAGUCAUAGAAUGUCAGAGUUGGAAGGAAGCUCUUAUUGGUGAUGUAUGGAAAGGUUAGGCAAAGGCAGGCUCCCACACAGAGCAAGUUCUAUGAACUGGGGCAGACAACACAACUUCUAAUCCCAGAAACCAUCAGACCACUCGGGCUGAUGUCAGCCUGGUCUCCCGGGUGGUCUCGCUCGGUCUCUCUUCCUACACUGGCUUCCCCUGCCCAGAGGCAGGGAGCAGGAAACCACCGCGCUCCACUGUCACACUGGCUGGUUUUUAAGUCUCGGGGAACUUCCCAGGGUUCAUGGUGGAAAGAUCUAUGGAGAGGUAGCUCUUCCCUUGAAACCGCCUAACCAAUUGACCAAACGUUUUCCUAAAAACACGAAAUGAAGAACCUAAUUUCUUCGCAGCCAAACCCAGAAGCUUAAGAAAAACUCCCCCAUAUCCUGAAGUUUUCAUCUCUGGACUGUCCCCUCCAGGAUAUGGAGUCCAAAUCGUCACAAGUCAAAAGGCAGUGGGGCUUGGGGGUGACAGGCAAGGGGGAGUGAUGGUGAUUAGAACGAGGUCAGCCCAGUUUGCUCCAGAACAGAGUGCUAACCGUGAAGUCCGAUUGUCACCUUCUUGAAUUGUUGCUUCUUGUUCCUGCAUGCUGGGUCACGGGGAGAGGGUGUUGUUUAGGGGGAAAAAAAGAAAGGAAAAAUAGAAGGGGAUAAAAAGUCCAUCCGUGGAAAUAUAAGCAGAAAAGCUAUUGACUCUGUGCCUCUGCUAGUUUCAUUUUUUUUUAAGUACAGCGUUUUUAAUAGACCAAAAGAGAAUCUUUGGGAGGAAAUGUGUGUGCGAAUAUGUUUAUACAAAGAGUAUAUAAUAUGUUUAGUGAUUGUGGACUAUUGUAUAAAUAAGCCUUAGAUAUAUAAAAUACAUAAACAUAUAAAAUAUCAUUUUAUAGGGUAGCGGACAUUUAAGGACUUCCAAGCCUUUCGUAUCUUUGUUCUGAAUAGAGCCCAGGCGGGCAGCCUAUUCCCUUCAUAUAUGCCGCUGUGAGGCUGAGAGGUUCGGUGGGGUUUUCUGGUUUUGUAAUUUGUUACAUGUACGGAUUCCUUUGCAAUGUCUGCUGCGUGUACAUUGCUGUUGUUUACCCACAUGGAGUCAUCAGAGAUUUGUUCCACACUUUGCAUCUUGGAAAACCAAACAGGACUUUCUAGCAAGAAGAAAAACACACGGAACAUGCCCUCACUGUUGGAUAACUCCGAGCUGGACCCCUGACAGCUGGAAGUCUGCGGGCCUGGGGACUUGAAUAUCAGCGUGGUCUCUCACUGCAACAUUUGGUGUCGGACAUCUCUUCUCCUGGGAGGGAGUCACAUGCUCUGGUUGAGUCCUUUUUUUUCUUGGACUUAACAUGUUCUAGAGGGUCCCCGGAAGUCGUGGCCCUAAAACAUCUUGCUCUAGCAUCAGAUUGCAAAGAACUCUCCGUGUGUUAAUUCUCUGUUUUAUGUU